AUGUUGGCCGAGUUGGGCCAUAACAUCUUGCUGAGCUUAACAGCUCUACAAGCCACAAUUCUGGUCAUAUUGUUGAGAAUCGGCUCCUCCAUUCCCUAUGUCAAAGAACGCAUCCAGAAAUUCGAAGAGCGCAAUCUUCUGGUACCUUACCAAAAUUUUUGGGAUGAAUACGGCGGAAAGAAAAUGCUCGGAUGCGUCUUAAAGAUAAUGUUAGGAGAUGUGAACAAGACUGCCCGCUUGGGUAAUCUAGCACCAAAUUGCCGGCUUAUUUCAACUGAUGGUAAAGAGUGCAGGCUACUGGAUUUCGCUAAAGGCACGCGCCCACUGGUUCUGAAUUUUGGCAGCUGUAGCUGACCCCCAUUUUUCAUUAACUUUCUGAACAACUUCGCCAAAGUUGUUCAUGAUUAUGACGACGAAGUGGAUUUCCUUACUGUUUACAUCCUCGAGGCUCAUCCAACCGAUGGCUGGCGCUGGAAUGUAAGUUUGUAUUUGUUUUUUGAUCGCGUGUUUAUGCAGUAGUUUACUUAAGGAGUAAAAGUUGAUGCGUUCCUCUUUUGUAGCGCACCUGUUUUUCAGGUUCUUACGACUCAUCUUGAAUAUCCAGCCAUUUCUAAUAUUCAACCUCAUUGAUUAUUGACAAGCCGCUACUUCAGCAGAAAAAGAAUUGCUCUCUAGAAAGUUUCAUAAUUCAGGAAAAUUUUUGUUUUCCUGUGUGUAUAAACAGUCACUGCUUUGAUUGAAAACAUUUUCGAAAGUUCGGUUCGCCAACUUUACGUUAUGGUCGGAUUCCCUUCCUCGAGGGAAAGAAUUUCAGGAUGAUAGGACUUGAAUAGCUUUUAUGUAAUCAUCAUUUAUCGAGAAAAAUAAAACGUAUUGCUCAUAUGCCCGAGGCAAUCAAACCAAAACACGUGAUUAAGUCAGUUUGUAGAAUAGUAAUGAGAUACUUUAAUUUCUGUUGCAUGCAUAAUUUUACGAUGAAGCGAUCAACAGAUAAAGCCGAGGAAGACUCGGUCGAGGUCAAACGAAUCACAGAAUUGUAAAACCAGCUCACUCAAAGCCUUAAGGAGAAAGUAGCGUUGAUUUGUCAUUCUAACUUUUGCAAUUGUUUUACUGAAUCAUGUUGUAAUGCCAUUCAAAUAAAGCCUAGUGUAGGCUUGAUUUCCGGUGAUAUUUUUUCUCUAUUCCCACAGAAUAAUGUCGAAAUCCCUCAACACAAGAGUUUAGAAGAUCGUCUUGCUGCGGCGGAAAUGUUGAAAAAAUCAAGUCGAUGCUCUGUUCCAAUCAUGGUCGAUGCGUUUGAGAACGAAGCUUCGAAAGCUUAUGGCGCGUGGCCUGAGAGACUGUUCAUUAUACAAGACGGAAAAAUAGUAUACGAAGGGGGAACGGGUCCGUACAAUUACAAAAUAACAGAGGUGCAAAGCUGGUUGGAGAAGUACAAAGCGAGACUGUAGAGUGCUGCUAAUUCGGUUAUUAACUGUUAAAAAACGAACAAACAAAAGAAACACUUUUAAACAUUGUCGCACUUUUAAACGUUCGUGUUCUCCCAAGACCGGGUUUUUUAGUUCAGUCACAUGACUUAUGUAAUCUGUGUCCUAUGUUUCUCGUCUGACCCUGUCAACGUUUCACGAAUGACAGCCUCAGGGGUAAGCCUGCCCAAAUUGUGGGUCCCUGUGGCUCGAAGAUGAAAAUGCUGGCUUCACGGAUAAGAAAUGGAGGGAAAAGUGGACGUGGCAACUCCCAAAGUAUGGUGCUACAUACGUCAUGUGAUCUAAACUGUUUAACCAUACUCUAAAGUAACUGUUACGUAGUUUUACUGAUGAGACGUACAUUGUAAAUCUGUGUAAUUGGCUCCUACUGAGAACGUAUGUUGUAGUUUGCAGUAGCGUUACUAUUACCAAACAACAUCAACCUUCAAAUCACAUCAAAAAAACGAAAAAUGAUUCCAAUUGAAUUCCGCUGUGCAAGUUAGUUCUUAGUGAAAAGCAAGCAAAAAUGACAACGAAUUUAGACGGAAUCCAUUGAUUGUUUCCUGUAAUCGAAAUUUUUUUUCCCUUUUUGUAAGCUACCCCAACAAUAGUUAUCGGACGAUAAACCAUGAAGACUAACCUUUCAGAAUAAAAAGUGUCCAAAUUAGGAUAAAAAAUAAAAUAAAAUAAAAACAGAAAUAACC